GAGACCAACCGGUUACCUUUUUGGAAGAGUUUCAAAACAAUAUUUCUUUCGCAGAGUAUGGUGAUGGAGAUAACUUGGCUGCUAUCUGGGCGGACCUUUGGAUGGAUGUAAACGUUGCAAACAACCAACAAACUUACGAUUGGGAUGAUCUAAUAAGCAUGAAUACCAUUUAUAACAAUAUAAUUGCUGGAGCAAAUCACUCAAAUACCAUUUUAGACAACUUUUUAACAAUUGAAGGAAACCACAUAAAUGCCAUUCAAGGUGAUUUAAAUAACCUUACAAAUGUUGGCGAAGAUUACUUAGCUGCUAUUUAUGAUGAUCUUAUAGAUAUUGAACAUCUAGCUGCUACUUAUGAUAAUCCUAUAGAUGUUGAACGUCUAACUACUAUUUACGAUGAUCCUAUAAAUAUUGAAGAGGAACAUCUAGCUACUGUUCAAGAUGACACUAUAGAUGUUGAGAAAAAUAUAGUUCAAAAUGAAAAUAUUAACUUAUUAGACAAUGAAGGUCAGUGGGCUCGUCAUAAUGCAUAUCUUCAAAGUCUCCUGAGCAAUCAAGCACUUUCAGUCGUUGAACCAAUAUUUCAUGAGGUGUUUGAGCUAAUUAAGAAAUACCUACCUUCUCAUAUUUUAUCUGUUCAAAAACAACAAAUUGAAGGAUCUUUAUUAUAUCGUGCAACCUUGAUUUCUAAAGAAUCGGCUAGUCUUAUAGAGAAAGAUCUUAACCAGUUGGAUUAUGACGAUAGCUUCCUUGAAGAUCAACUUGAUAGACCUCAAACGUCUCUCUAUUCUCUUUUAGUUGAUAUACAACCAUCUGAUAUUGUAGAACAAAACAAUAAUGUAGAAAUGAUGAAUAAUUUACAUUUAUUUAAUAAGUUCAGACCACAAUGUGCAUUUACAAAUUUAAAUUGUGAAGAUGAAUUUCUCGAUAUGAUAAGCAACUUUAUUACCCGUAAAAAAAGUAGCAUAGAAAGCACAAGCAAUGAGGAAAAUUUAUGCGUCUUAGAUCCCUUGGUUCAAAAACAACGUGGACGUCGACCAAAUAAACGUAUUAAAUCAGCAACAGAGAAGUCAUAUCACAGUAGCUCUGAAAACAGCGCAAUCAACCCACCCGAUCCCAAUUUGACAUCUAGAGUUGCAAAUAAUGAAAAUCAAACAAAUACUUAUGUCUCUGAUCUUUCUGUUCAGAAACGACGUGGACGUCCACCAAAAUCAGUAUCAGAGAAAAAGGCUAACCAAAAUAACUCUAAUAAUGUUUUAUUAAAUGUAUCUGAUUAUGAAGAUACAAAUGUACGUACACAACCGAUGCAACAACGAUAUGUAUUUAGAAAUCCUCUUCGCACUCUUAAUAGCAAUGAUAUUCAUAUUCAAGAAAAAACUGAUAAGGAUGAUACUGAUGAGAAUGGCGAUGAUGUGUCUGAUUCUGAUAAAUCAUUUAUUGUGGAUGAAAAUAUAGUCAAGU